AUGUAUCUAUUUAUCUAUCUCUGUUUGUCAAUCGAUCUAUCUCAUUCUGUUUAUCUAUCUCGGUCUGUCUGUCUAUCUAUCUAUUUAUCUCAGUCUGUUUAUCUAUCUAUCUAUCUAUCUAUCUAUCUAUCUGUCUGUAUGUCUCUUGAAAUCUAUCUUUCUCAUUCUGUUCCUGUCUAUACUCUUUUUGCAUCUAAUUAUCUAUCUAUCUAUCUAUCUAUCUAUCUAUCUAUCUAUCUAUCUAUCUAUCUAUCUAUGUCAGUCUGUUCAUUAUCUAUCUAUCUAUCUAUCUAUCUAUCUAUCUAUCUAUCUAUCUAUGUCAGUCUGUUCAUUAUCUAUCUAUCUAUCUAUCUAUCUAUCUAUCUAUCUAUCUAUCUAUCUAUCACAGCCUGUUCAUUAUCUAUCUAUCUAUCUGUCUAUCUAUGUAUCUAUCACAGCCUGUUCAUAUCUAUCUAUCUAUCUAUCUAUCGCCUAGCAUAUGUAAAUAUCAAUCUCAUUCUGUUACUGUCUAUAUCUUUUUUUUGCAUCUAUCCAUCUAUCUCCGCCUGUUCAUAUCUAUCUAUCUAUCUAUCUAUCUAUCUAUCAAUCUAUCUAUCUCAGACUGUUCAUUAUCCAUCUAUCCAUCUAUCUGGUACUGUACUGGUUAAAUUUAAUCCAUUAAAGAUCACCAUCUAA